AUGACACAGUCCACCACUGCCAAACGCGGUCGCGUAUCCGACAAACUUAGAGAGAUCGGCUCGUGUCUAGAGCUCGUUCCAAUGGACCCACAUUUCAGUAGCGUUUCCGUAGGACUCUACUAUAGGGACGGAAUCUGCACCGUGUGGAGUUUCAGCCAAGUCGAAGGAAUCGAGGGCCGCCUCAGAGACAUUCGCGACCAGAUGGUCCGACUCGGCGGAGUUCAGCCGGUGGAGGGAUCGGACAACCAGUUCAUCUUUCCAUGCGGUGUGAUACACAUGAGGCCGGUCAAAUUCCUGCUCACACAGGCCGUUACUAAGCCGCCGGACUUCGCCCUCCCCCAAGGGUCCAUGACGAUCAAGGACUCCAAGUCCGCCUUGAUGCUGUCCGUUGCCGGUGGGCGCACGGAUGACGGGUUCGCCUACCAGGUCUCUGGAGAAGGUGAAGUGAGGAACCCCGCACUGAGGUUGCGAAUGGUGGUCGCUGGCUUCGUGAGAUACGGCGAGAUGGAGAAGGUGGGCGAUACCGAGGUGGCUUUCUCCUGCUGCUGGCAGCACGAUGAACUGGUGCGGCUCCUUCUGCCAUACUCCCGCAACAUCAGUGCCGUGGAGUCGAUGCUGGAGGCCGAGGCCACCAGAGGCCAAAUGACGACAAGUACUCUGGGUUUCACGCCGCUAUAG